UCACAAAAUAUAUGGACUUCGAUCGGCUUGUGUUUAGCUAAUGUAUAUAUGUAUUUUGUAACUUCAUAUAAUUUUUAAGUUGCAAAAUUACUCGUAACAAGCAUGAGCCAGGCCAGUAAUAUUAUGCGUCUUGUUUUAUUACAGUUAAAGGGUUCGAGAGACAAAACAGCGAAUGUGCUAAAUGCCAUUAACAAAAUUGAAGAGGCUGUCAAAAAGCAUAAGCCUCGCCUCGUAACCUUACCCGAGUGCUUUAACUGCCCUUAUGGCACAAAAUACUUUCGUGAGUAUGCGGAACAGAUCCCGGAUGGAUACACCAGCCAGCAGCUCUCGAAAAUAGCUCAGGAUAAUCAGGUCUACAUAGUGGGUGGCACAAUUCCGGAGUUGGGCGAGAACGAUGCCGUAUACAAUACUUGCACCGUAUGGGGCCCCACGGGCGACCUAUUAGGCAAGCACCGCAAAAUGCAUCUGUUUGAUAUUGACGUGAAAGGCGGCAUCCGUUUCAAGGAAUCUGAGACACUGUCCGCUGGCAACGACUUUACUAUCAUCAGCAUUGAUGGACAUAAGAUUGGGAUUGGUAUUUGCUAUGACAUUCGGUUUGAGGAGAUGGCACGGCUUUAUCGAAACAGUGGGUGUGAAAUGAUCAUAUACCCGGCCGCUUUUAAUAUGACAACAGGUCCUUUGCAUUGGGAACUUUUGCAACGUGCGCGCGCAAACGAUAAUCAGCUCUUUGUGGUAACUACAUCGCCAGCUAGAGACACUUCUGCAGAGUACGUUGCGUAUGGCCAUUCUAUGAUUGUGGACCCAUGGGCCAAAGUCGUCAAAACCGCUGGCGAAGGCGAGGAAGUUUUGGCAGCUGAUAUUGACUUUGCCUUGGUGGAACAAGUACGCCAACAAAUUCCAGUGUUCAGCCAAAGGCGUCUUGAUCUGUAUAGCACCGAAAAGAAGUCCAAGUGAUUUAUUAUCGCAUUUA